CGCGCGUUAUCAUCUCCAUUGCCAAAUUAGCCAUCAACAAAUGUGGUCGGAAAAUGUGUCACUUCACCUGUAAAAUAACCAGAUCAGCGAUACUAACUGGAUACUAAAGUGAAUAGAAAUCAUUGUGUGGAAACAUGUGAUUGAAAAACAGUUCCAAUGAGAGUCGAUGUGUUACUUCCGCUGAUGGUAUGGUUGCCAGCAGUGCUAUCGGGCGUGGUGCGGCUGGAGGACUACCAGGUGGAUGACCAGCCCUGCAUCAGCUACACAAUCGACGGCCUCCGCCACGUCGAUUGCUCUGACAGAGGGAUCAGUGAACUCCCUCAGGAACUCGACUAUGAUGCGCAAGUACUGGACUUGUCAAAUAACAACUUCGCUACAUUUCCACCACAGCUAGAAAAAUUCACUCGACUACAAAAAUUGGAUUUAUCAAGCAAUAUAUUAGCGCAACCCAUGCCUUUCUACUUCGAACACUGGCAACAUCUGCGCACUGUUAACUUAUCAAACAAUAACUACGAGAUUUGGUUUGGCAGCUUGCGAACCAGCAGUAUUAAAGUAUUGGACCUGUCCAAGAACAAAAUCAAUACCAUUGACGCGGCAGCUCUUAGUGGAAUGCCGAAUUUGUCACAUCUCGACCUAUCUGAAAACAGAAUCUACGACUUGCCGAUGAAAAUGUUCACCGCCGCUAACAACUUGGACAAUCUCAUUUUAUCCAGAAAUUACUUUUCCGACGUUCCGAAAUUUCAAUCUACUUCGCUGAGAAGCCUACAUCUGAGCAGCUGUCAGAUAUCAAACUUGAACGUCGACUCACUCCAGGGAAUGAAUUCGCUGUUGGCAAUUGAUCUCUCUAUCAACCAGAUUGAACGGGUCCCGGACAAUCUUGCCUCGAAUACAUUACAAGAGUUAGAUUUGAGUUACAACGAAAUUGGUUCAUUGACAGAUGAUACCUUCUCGUCAUUACCACAUUUAGCGGUACUGAAUUUGAGAGGGAAUGAAUUUAGAGAAGUUUGGCCGACUUCGUACUUCGCCUCAAACCCGUUUUUGAGGGAAGUUCACGUGAAAGGUAAUCGAUGGAGCUGCGACGGCUUCAGCGUCAAUCUUCUCUUAACAUAUGAGUAUUUAGCACCGAAAGUGGUGGAUGAAAGAUCACUUAUUUGCUAUACGCCGUCGAAUGUGACUCAAAUGAGCUGGCAGCAGGCAUAUAUUCAGACGUGGCAUGCUACGGAUUCUCCUGAAUCGUACACUGUGAUGGCAGUAAUGAUAGGUAUUAUUAUAGGGAUUGUAGUGACGUCUUGUGUGUGUAGGUGUUUGAUGGCGUUGAAUCGGUCAGACCCGCCAGCGACGAAUGGAGAGACUACGGUGCUGAAUGCCAACAGCAACGCGCUGCAGCCGCGAGCUGAGAGCGUGGAAAUACGAGUGCCUUUGCGCGAGGAGGAUUUGCCUCCGACCUACGACGAAGCGCUGCUGAUGCCGCGACUUAACUCCUUUCACUCUUUACCUGACUUUGUCGACGAAGAGCUCGAUGAGCCUACCCGUCAUUACCGCAGGUCAAGGUCAAUUGGUGACCUCACAGAACACAGGCCACGAACCAGUGACCGACGGUCUGUGAGAAGAACCCGUAUGGUGGAAAUAUACAUAAAUUAAGUUGAAGGACAAUAAAGACAUUAUAAAAAGUGCUUGUUAUUUAAGAGUGGUUAUAUUAAUUAAAUAGUAUUUAGGAUUGU